GUUCCUGAUUCCGAAGACGAAGGUAUUGGUGUCAUCUCUGAAGAGUCAAUCAACACUCGAAGAUUGGCACAAAACAUAUCCCUUUUACCAGAUAAUAUACGGCAGAGUAUAAUCAACCAAAUUGGUGUUUCCAAGUAUUCUCAUUUAUAUAAACCGCCAGAGGCCAAGGCUGAGUCAGACUCAGAAAUCGUCAGUUCCUCACAAGAAUCCAACAUUGAUCUUAUAGAUAUUCCAAGUUUGAUCAAAAAUGGGCCCCAGUCGCUUGCUUUUUCAAAAAAAUCAAAUAAUAGAGACCAGCAUGUGCCCAACGAUUCCAUUGCCCAUGAGCCUGAGAUUAGGAAUCGAGAAUUAGCCCAAGAAGCCGAAGACGCUGAAAACCUACAGACUUUUUUAGAAGCAAAUCAAUUCAUCAAUACUUCGAGGAGGGGACUACGAAAACGAAAUUUCGCCAGCACUCAUCCAUACUUAACUGACCAGGCCCAAUAUUUAGGGUUAUGCAAACCUCAACAAUUGAACAACCUAUAUGAAGAAACACCAGAUAUAGAAAAGAUUGUAAAGUACCUCAAUAGUGCAUAUUUACAACGAAAGAAGCAAAACCCCCACGAAUAUAGAUUUAAAGCCAAAAAUUUUUACUCAUUUUUGGGGAAAGGCUCAAGAAGAAAUAAGCAAGAUAGCUCCCAAGCGAUACCAACGCAAAAUCGAGAGGAUUCACAAUCGCAAUCACAAUCGCAAUCGCAAUCACAAAACGCCAUUGCUUCUUAUGACGACCCAGCUCUAUCGGCCGAUGAUAAUAACUAUUUAUCUUCCGAUUCAGAUCUCUCAAAUGAUGACUUACUACCUCUUCCAAAGCACCCAUCUCCGCUAAAAAGUCAAAGCAACCAAGAUGACUUUGCGUUCAAUGAGCCGCGAUCUGACCGUCAACGUCCCUCAAUUCUCGACUUGAAUGAAUCGUCUACUGAUAGUGAUGAAAACGAUAUUGGGGAAGGUUCACAGGCAGUUGAAGAAGCAAUGGUAAGAGUAGGAGGUAGAUAUCGUAAGUUGAAGAGUGUUUUACAUGGUGCAUUACCAGAAUCUGCCAAAAGACUCGAAAUGUGGAAACCUAAAUCUAAAUCUAAAAGAAAGUCUCCAUUAAGAGUUUCUGAUCAUCGGAAAGGUUUAGCUGUUAAAAAGUAUGGGUCAUCAAGGAACCAAAAUAACGAAUUAGAGCAAGAAUUAAAGACGUUCGUUGAUGACCAAACCUAUUAUGACGUGGAUACAUCAGUUUAUCAAUCAACAUUACCCUUUGAAAAUUCUGCAGAUAUCUACCACCGAACUUCAUCAGAAUUUGGCCCCGAAAAUGGAAACCACAAUUUGGUAUUUAGUAAUCUGAGUGAUUCAGAGUCAGAACCCGAACGACUUUUUUCAGAGACCUUCAAUAGAUCUGCGGAGACCACAAAUAUAAACUAUGAAUCAGAUAUCCAGGAAACUCACUCAAACUUCCUAGUUGAAGAUUUAGUUGACAGUGAUAAUUCCUUGAUAGAAGAAGACCACAUCGACCCCCUUUUCGCUUAUACUGCCUCGAAACCAAAACUUAAAUCUAAACCUAAAACUUAUAAAAACGGAAGAAACACUCAUCAAGAAAAUCUAACCAAAACUUCAAUUACAAACCAGCCCAAAAGUAGUAACACAACCACCAGUUCGAGGACCAAUGGACACAGAAAGAAAAAGCAUAAAACAUUGGACACUUUUGGUAAUCUCCAAAAAAAGAGGAUAACGAAACCUUUGAAAAGAAAAGCUUUAAGCGUAAUCGCUAACCACAACCAAAAGAAACAGCCAAAAAUAAUGCCUGAACCAAAAAAUACUGCAAAAAAUCCAAUGGAGAUGCUUCUGAAUAGCUAUUACUUUAGAAGAGAUCCCACCAUGUUCACAACAGUUUUCGAAGCAGAGAAAGAACCCAAAUUUGUAAAAUCACAUUUUCCUAAUUUCGAUAAGUCAAAGCUCAGUUUUCCACAUUCUUCGAAUUUUUUGGACUUACAGUAUGGUGACAGAUUUCCAAGUGAUUCCAUUUUGCAAGUAAUCGACAUUGAAAAGGUAAAUGCAAUACCCUAUGGGCAAGAUUUUUCUUUUUUAGGAGACCUGGUGUUUUUCGACUUAUUCGGACACUCGUACUCAUUUCUUUUAGUUAACAAGACAUCUGCCAACGAAAACUGUGAGAGGUAUUUCUACCAUCUUCGUAAGGUUUUAUUUGAUCCUCGAGUUGACGGCCUGGAAAACUUAACUCGUGAAAUAUAUCAAUCUGUCAAAGGAAUGUUGAAAUGGCUUUUAAUUUUACAAGAAAGACCGAGUGACAAGUCUUGGAGAUGCUUACAAAAUAUCCUUAACGAAUAUUCUAAAUUUAAACAAUCAGGAUCCGUGAUCAAGUCGAUGAUUUUUCAUCCUCAUAUGAUUUUAAUUUACCAUGUUUUUAGAAAGCUACAUGAGAGCACCACGUCCGAAGCAUUGGCCGAUUUACCUACGGAAACUUAUCGAAUUGAUUACUGGUGUAACUUUUUGCAGUUUUUUGAUUUGGAUGACUUGAAAGCUAUUCAUUCCGGCAGCGAGGGAAACAAUUUAUAUCUAUUAGAAUCCCUUUAUUGUAUCUAUUUGCUACUGAAAGAAAAGUCGAAUUGUUGGUGGCCCUCAAUUAAUGAGGCCUUAUGGCGAGUCGUAUCUUUAAAAGCUCAAGAUGGUCAAUUAUUAAGUAUUUUUUAUAUACUUGCAACCAUGAUACCAAAUAAGUACGUUGGUUGGCAGUGUUUUCAAGGAUGGUAUUUGAAAUUUCAAGAUACUGACGAAUCAGAUAACCAUAAUGAUUUUUUGGAUAUAAUCUAUCUUUUGAAUCAAAGGCUAGGUUGGGGAUUAGAGGAGAAGCUAGUUACCAAUAUUUAUUCUGUGAUCACGAAGCGAAAAUUUGCCAACUUUUCGGAUGAACCAAAUUCUUAUGAAAUUAUCGGGCAAAUUAGAACUAGAGAUGACAUUCCAGAUAAUUGUUUCUUUGACCGAUUUAUGCAAUUCCUAUACUUUUAUGUAUCCGGUCUCCCAGUAGAUUUCAACAAAAAGAGACUUAUUAGUAAAUUGAUUACUUCAAGCCAAUAUCAUUAUGAAGAAGGAAGAACUCACUUUGCUAUGUACGUCAACAGAAUGAACCUUGUAUUACUUCUCUCUCAGAUUUCAGAUCUUGAUUUGAAUAACCAGUUUGACAAUUUAUUAGAACAAGUAUCCAGUUCAGGUGAUGUAAAGAUCUACGAACAAGCACUAAAGGGUUUACUAAGCUAUAGUGAUAUAGCAUUGAAUAAGACAUCAAGACUUCCCUCUACGGGAUACUCAAUAUUUUUCAACAUCAUCCUCAAGAAUUAUAAUUCUGUUAUGGGAGUUCAAAAACUCUGGAGAAAGUUUUCACGAAGAUUAGAAAUUCAGUUCGCCCAAACCCAAAACUUGGACCUAACAUUCGAGUUCUUCUCCUUCAUAAUGGAUAUUGAUUUUAAAAAAAUGCCUGAAGAAGUCGCCUUAUUUACAGUGAAAACUUCCCUUCUGAUUCUAAACCUUUUAAUAAAAUCGAAGGAGGUACUUUCCAAGUCACAUCUCACAACUUUAAAAGUUAUCGAAGAAAAAAUUAUAUCUCUUGCUAAUUUUCAAAUGGGGAGAUUUCCAAUUCCAAAUGAUUUGACAGAGUCCCGUGUCGUGACAUUGGUAGAAUGUUGUAUCCAAGUUUGGAAUCGAAGUACGUUUUUAUCCCGUGAAUCAAAUUGGAAUACAAUAUUGUUACAAAAGUUUCCAUAUUUAGGUAAUCAACUUUCAAGAGAGAGGUUCAUUCUUUACUUGUACAAUGAUUUACUUUCUUUUGUUAACCUCAGGGAACAUAUUGAAACAAUAACCGUAAUUGUCUUGAAGGACCUUGCUUGUCACGAGUCAUCACCAUACCUUCUUCCGAUGAUCUCCCUGUUGAACAAGAAUCAUUAUGGAGUCUUUACUUUGAAAAAUAUGUAUAUUCCCUGGAGUUUAACGCCAAAACAAAUUCAAUUAUUCAAAACCCAAAUUAUGUCAAAUAUUAUUUUGAACAUUAAGAACGAUGCAAUCUCGAAUCAAAAAGCGAAAGCCAUCUAUCUACUGGAAUUAGUUGAUUCUAUUGAUAAAGGAUAUACUCAUUUUUUUCUCGAUGAAUCAUAUGUUGAAUUUUGCAAGCAAACUGUGGAGUCAAUUUAUAAGAACUGCAAGCAGUUUAUACAUAAAACGGAUAAGUUUUGGAAUUUGUCUUCGAAAUUGGGAUUCUCAUACAAUUCUAACGAAAUUAAGUGGAGGUCUACAAACUCAUUAGAGAAAUUAGCGAUAGUUCAUCGGGAAUUCCUUACAUCAUUGCAUUUUAAAAAAGAUUAUAAGUGUAUUCUCAAGCAAUAUCUAACCCCCGAAUUCAAUCAUGUUAUGUUUCAACUAUUUUUUAUUUAUUUGAAGGCCCUCAAUUCACAAAAAGGAGAGCAAUGGGCAUUGAUGUCUUAUUAUUUGGAAUUUAUUCAAGAAAUGUAUUGUUGCACGAAAAUUAAUGUUACAGAUAAUGCACAUAGAAUAUUUUUGCAACAAUUAGUAAUCCUACCAUACAUCAGAUUGGAAAAUGCAUCCAAUGCUAACUACGAGAUUUACCAAUGGAAGGUCAUGAGGUCCACUUUUCAAAUACUACACAGUUGUACCCUAAUUUUUGAUGGUUACCGUGAUAAAUCUUGGAUCUUGAACUUAGUCGAGGAAACAGUUUCAGUUUUCAAGGGCGAAUUCGAACCUAAAAUAGACCUUCCAUAUACCACAUAUUCAUUAUAUGACAUCUGCACACCGAAUAGCGUU